AUGAAUCUCAACAUGAACGAUCUCCUGGUCAACCGGCCCGCACGCCCCAGGGGAGAUGAUCAUCUCGGCGGCACAGAUCUCCGUCUGGACUGCUUUGGCUAUGGACCUCGUGCUUCGCUCUCUGCAGAGGACGACGGCUGCAGGCUGGUCCUCGGUCUGGGCCCGACACCGAGCUCCUCCGCCGUUGGUGGCUUUUGUGGAGCCGAAGCCGCCACCAAGAGUAGCAGGCUGAAGAAUCCCUCAAAUGGCGUGGAUCUUGAUUCGGGGAGAGGUCUGAAACUCGGGCAUGGGAGAGACGGCGGAGACCUUGAACUGUCCAUUGCGCCGAGCAGCCAGAGCUCCAUCUCUCUCUUCGAUCAGGCGCAGCAGGCUACCAGUGAGAGGGGUGAGAGGAGCUCGUCGGAGACAGCCGUCGAUGGGAUCUGGGCAUUACCCAGGAGGAAAUUCGGAGGGUACACGUCAGGCCUGAUCAUGGCGCCGGGGGGGUCGGAGAGCAGAACCACCACACAGGAGGAGACGAUUAGUGGCGCCGAUGAGGUAAGUGAGAGCUCUCUUUGGGGCGAUGAGGUGGGUGGUCCUGAUGCCAGGCGGCGCCACCACCGCCCGAAGAAGUGCAGGUUCAACGGGUGUCCCAAAGGGGCAAGGGGGGCGUCGGGCCUGUGCAUUGCCCACGGGGGGGGGCAGCGGUGCCAGAAGCCCGGGUGCAACAAGGGUGCCGAGUGCAGGACGGCCUACUGCAAGGCCCACGGCGGCGGGCGCCGGUGCCAGCAGCUGGGGUGCACCAAGAGCGCCGAGGGGAAGACCGAGCUCUGCAUUGCCCACGGCGGCGGCAGCCGCUGCGGUCACCCGGGGUGCCGGAGGGCUGCCCGCGGGCGGUCGGGGUUCUGCAUCCGGCACGGCGGCGGCAAGCGUUGCCGCGUGGAUGGGUGCGCCAGGAGCGCCGAGGGGAAAGCAGGGCUGUGCAUCUCGCACGGCGGCGGGCGGCGAUGCCAGUUUCCGGGCUGCGGGAAGGGUGCCCAGGGGAGCACCAUGCACUGCAAGGCCCACGGCGGUGGGCGGCGGUGCGUCUUCGAGGGCUGCACCAAGGGCGCCGAGGGCAGCACGGCGCUCUGCAAGGCCCACGGCGGGGGCAAGCGCUGCCUCUUCGAGGGCGGCGGGGUCUGCCCCAAGAGCGUGCACGGCGGCACAGACUACUGCGUGGCGCACGGCGGUGGCAAACGAUGUGCCGUGCCGGGCUGCACCAGGAGCGCGCGGGGGCGGACGGACUGCUGCGUGAAGCACGGCGGAGGGCGGCGGUGCAGGUCGGAGGGCUGCGGGAAGAGCGCGCAGGGGAGCACGGACUUCUGCAAGGCGCACGGCGGCGGGAAGCGGUGCAGCUGGGCAACUGGGUGCGAGAAGUUCGCCAGGGGGAGGAGCGGGCUCUGCGCCGCCCACGGGAGCAUGGCGGCGAACCAGGCGGCAAACCAGGCGGAGGAGCUCUUCCGAGGGGUCGUCGUCGGGUCCGCCUCUGCCACGACGAGGAGCAGCAUGGACAACGGCUGCUCCUCCGCCAUCAGCACCCUCUCCGGCACCGCCGAGUCCCCGGCGAUCACGGCCGGGAGGAGGCAGCUCCUCCUGUCACUGCCUCCAUGGAUGAGACCCGCCUCCGGCUCCUCCGACGGCGGUGUUGACGACGCGAAGGACAGCGGAAGGAACAGCCUCAAGUUCGCUCUACCGGAGGGGCGGGUGCACGGGGGCGGCCUGCUGUCGCUGUUCGGAGGCGACCUGAGGAACGCCAUUGAUGCUGACCUCGGGCCGCAGGAUGAGGCAACCUGA